CAACCUGUUCGCGGUCGGAAGCACAAUAGCAACAAGCAUCGUGUCACAGCAUUUCCUAUCAUCGGCAUCUCCUACGAAGCUACGGCGGUUCCUCACCUGUUCUCGUCGCAUCGUCCUGUUUGCAGCCUCACUCCCCCUAAACGCUCAUCAGCCCAGCUGUCCAAGAUGUCUACCCCGCCCGUGCCCUUCAACCGACUCAAGCAGAUUGCCACAGAUGUGUGCAACAACGCUAUCGGCAGCGCGGAGUUCUACGACCACGCAAAGACAGAGCAAUGGAACUCAACCAUCAUUAGCUCAAUGCUAAAGGCCCUCAUCUCCGAAGCCACUCCCCAAGGCCCCAAUGGCGCCCCUUCAUAUAAGUUUGCUUGCAACAGCACCAUUGUCCAGCACCUGGUCCCCACGUCUGCGCUGAACAAGGCCCGCGGCGGCACCGACACCAAGUCCGAGGAGCCUCACGUGUCGACGAGCACAGAAGCCACCGCUACAGAUGGCAAGCCGCAUGUCGGCAGGCGAGGAAUGCACAGCGCAACUGGCGCAUACUGGGACGAGAAGAAGGACGGCAUGUGGACCUUUAAGUAUGAUGGAGGCGAGGGCAAGGGCAUGGACGUGGUUAUCAUGCUGAUCUGGAUUGCUGUUUGAAGCGGGGAGAUGAGAGAAGGGAGAUGAGAGAAGGGAGAUGAGAGAAGUGAUGGAUCAAGUUUCUGGCUUACAUCUCGAUGAAAUGGCACUGGCUUUGGAUGGCGAACAUGCGAUGAGUCGGGUCUGGGCCAAUUGCUCUUCUAUAGACGUGACUGGAGGUUUAGGAGAACCAAUUCUGCUGCCAUGUGUUCGUCUAUGAUGUACAUCUUUGCUGGAAUACUUGCAUAUUGAGCGACGGGAUGCUGCAAAGGGUUGAGCGACUAAACAUAGCAUGGAAGAACAAGCUAGGGAUACCUAUGGAGUCGAUUGUCAUUUGAGCUGCUAUUAAUCUUUUUUAACUUCAACUAGAAUUAUUCAAUGCUGGUAUUUUGCCUAAGAGAGUGCUCCGAGCAACUGUCUGCUAAUAGUAGCUGGC